UCGUUUAACGAUUUUUUGGUAUUAGAACGACUGCUAAUUUUGCCAAAAGUGCAGACGACUUGGUCAUCAAUACACACGUGUAAAACGUGUUUCGACUUAAAUUGACAAUAUGGAAAACGAGGAAGAUAUCGAACAGGCCAGCUUAAACUUUAUUCCAUGCGUGGCUUGGAUUCGUCGGGGGGUUGCUAAAUUAAAUCCCGAAAAGGUUGAGCUCACUAAAGAAGAGCUUGAAGCAUUAAUUGGCAAAACAAAAGGAGAUCUGGCUGAACUCGAUGAAGAAGAUAAAGAGGAUGACGAGGAAGAUAAAGACAUGGAAGACGGAGACGACAGUGGUGUCAAAGAUACUGACCAGCUAGACGAGGAAGCAGCAAAGGAGAUGGACGAAGAUGCUAAAAUUGCAGCAGAAUAUGGACUAGAUGACUAUGAUGAUGAUGAUGACAAUGUUCUCAUGGGAAUUGAAAACUUGGCUGUGUUCUCUGAUGAGAAACUAGAUCCGUAUGUCACAAAGCCAGAAGAUGAGGACAGUGAAGAAGAAGAGGACUUUAACCUAUUACCUACUGACAAUCUGAUCGCCGUUGGGCACGUUGAAGGAGACGCUGCCAUUCUGGAAAUAUAUGUUUAUAACGCCGAAGAAGCCCAUUUGUACGUCCAUCAUGAGACGUUCUUGCCAGCUCUUCCUCUUUGUAUGGAAUGGAUAGAUUUCAAUCCAACCGAAACAAAAGCAGGUAACUACUUGGCCGUUGGUAGCAUGUCUCCUAUUAUCGAAGUCUGGGAUGUGGAUAUCGUGGGCAGCUUGGAACCUGAAUUUCGACUGGGCAAAAAGAAGAGUCGCAAGAAGAAGAUUGAGGGUGUCGGUCACAAAGACGCUGUCCUCAGCCUGUCGUGGAACAAGCGCGUCAGAAACUUAUUGGCCAGUGGAUCAGCCGAUAACACAGUCAUGUUAUGGGACAUGACCAAUCAGGUGGUUGCUUCUACGCUGCCCCAUCCGGAGAAAGUUCAGAGCCUACAGUUCCAUCCCUUCGAGAUCCAGACGUUGUUGACGGGCUGUUGCGACCAGGUUGUUCGCGUCUACGAUUGCCGUAGCGAGAGCUUCAAGAGCUGGACCCUCGAGGGUGAAAUUGAACGCGUUCUAUGGGAUCACUUCAAUCCCUACUGCUUCUUGGCCAGCACGGAAGCUGGUCACGUCUACUACAUGGACGCCCGCAACGAUGAGAAACCGCUGUGGCAGUUGAAUGCCCACACGAAAUCGUGCACCGGUUUGGCUCUCAGCUCGCAAUGUCCAGGCUGUCUCGUCACAGCCUCUCAAGACAAAGACUUCAAGGUCUGGGACAUUCAGUCUGGCAAACCUAAUUUUAUUUGCGAGCACGAUUUCAAGAUUGGAGGAAUUUACGUAGCCACUGCGUGUCCCGACGCUCCUUUCGCCUUCUGCAUGGGAGGAGACAACCGUAGCGAAAACUUCAAAGUUUGGGACAUUCGACAAAGCGCCGCCGUUUUGGACAGAUUCGAAAGGCGGCAAUUGGUUCAACCGUUAAUCCAAACAAGUCCGUCAGAACCAGCAACAACAACCAACCAAUCAUAAUUUUCGGGAAACUCAUUUUCCUUUUUUUUUUUUUUUUAACACAUUGAUAAACUAUUGGAUGGUACGGAUAUGAAAAACAAAUAAAAUUUUUUUUUGCUGAC